CGCGUUCGCACCCAGUGUCUCAGAAUGGGGCAGUCCGUCUUCUCACUUACGAGACUUACGAGAUUUAAGAAAUAAGAAUUUUGCAUUUGUAUUCUAUGACAUAACUUUUGCUGUAGCCAUUACGCCAGCCAAUACACGCUAAUAAAAACCGAAAUGUUACCCAACAUUUUUAUUAUUCUGAACGGAUUUUUUUAACAAUUCCAUCUCCAAUAAAAACAUUUAACACAGCGUACGUGCCCAUAAAAACGGUUUCGGGGAGAUUUUAAAAUUCGCACGCUUUUUCUAACGUUAUUUUAUUUUUAUUAUGUGUAUGAUAGUGAUGUUGUUUUUUCUGGUGAGAUGCGGAACGUCGCAGUAUUUUGACGAGCAAUUCUUCAACGAAAACCGCGGUGUAGCCAAGGUCGUGGUGGAGGCUCUUCAGGACUGGAAGUUCGACGGCCAGCUGACCCUCGACCUGAAGAAGGAGAACCAGGUCCUGCUCAACAGGACCAUGUCGCUGCUCAUCAAGUACAUCGUCAAAAGGGAAGUGGACAACUACAGGAAUCGGCGAGCAGAAGCUGUCAGCCGGAAGAUCUACUCGGCACUCAUCAUGAAACUCAUUGACAUAGCCCGAGAUCUACCCAAGAACCAAUCGGCCACUUACCGCAUAGACACAGCACACCACUACUACAUGUCCGUGGAGUCGCGUGACCUUCACGAUGAGAUCGCCGACCGACAAGUGUUCCACGUGUGCGCGCGGCUCUACGACAUCAUGCUAACUGCGCCCAGAAUUCUAAGCCAUCUGGGAAGAAUAGAUCUCCUAACGCCCAGGGUUCUAGUGCGCAAGCUGCAGGACAUCGAAGUCAGACCUGUGCAUCUUGGAGCACUUCUUGUUAUACAGUACCACCUCCGACGCACAGUCAACUACGCCAUCCAAAACAACAUUCUCGAGACCCUCAGCGCCGAGCCCCGCAUGGUCGGCCCUAAGGUCAUCGGGACCCUAAAGGACCUGGCCGCUCUUCUGUUACCGGUGGUCGAAAUGCUGGAUGUCCACCUGGCACAUUCGAGUCCUAUGUUCAAAGAUACAUGCCCGUCUACGUGGCUUGGCAUUGUCCAUAAUAAAUAACUCUAUGUAUUUUAUUAUCGCCUGGUA